AAAAAAUACAUAUAUUAUGAUAUUAUUUAACGGGUUACCUUCGUCAGCUACUUAAACCAUAAGUAGAAACUGUAUACUAAUUUCUUAAAUGUUAUUUUUGCAAUAAUAUCGAAAUAGACGAUCGUCAGUGGCUGUCAGUUAAGGCCUAACGCUCCGUCUUACGCGCUGGUUGCUUAGUAACAGUUUUGAACAUCAUUUUGGAGGGAAAAGCCCCUGCACUGUUCUAAAUCUACCAUAAACCUCAGUUCACUGGGCUUAUCGCUUGAAUAUAAAUGAGAAGAUAACAACUUGUGUUCUUUGCUUUUGAGCAUAUCUCUGCCUAGAGAAAGCAAGCAACAGGCUGUCAUAACGUUCAGACCUGCAAGCACCAAGGCCGUUUUUUAUUAUUAUUAUUAUUACCAGUCUAUUAUUAUUUUUGUUACGUUUUAUUAAACAGGGUUACUUAAUAGAAACUUCAGAAGAACAGCAUUUAUCUGAAAUAUAAAUAUUUUGUAACAUUAUAAAUGUCUUUAUCUUCACUUUGGAUCAAUUUAAAGCAUCCUUGCUAAAUAAAAGUAAGAAUUUCUAUGACCCCCCCCCCACCAAAAAUUGGGGUUUGCGGGAAAAUUAAGAAAAGGGAAGCAAUGGUGCAGUGAAAGAGAGAACAUUUAAUUAUUUUCCAUGGACUUGUGGUUUCAGAAUUUUUUUUGGGGUUCAACAACUUGUCCCUGGAGCAAUAUCCUUAAAAGGACAUAUUUGAUAAUUUUUUUAUCCUUAAUAGUUAGACUUGUCCCUGUUAGGGUUUAAAAGGUAGAAAUAUGUCCUUUUAAGAGUACUGCUACAGUGUCAAGCUGUUUUGGCCCCUAUUUUUCUGUGUGGCCUGGAUGAGUGUGAGAUAUCACGGCCUGAAUUUGCAUCACAGUCUUGUCCUCAAUGAAACCAUAUACUAUUAUAAUAAACAUGUUUUUAUUUGCCAACAUCUCAACUAUCUGAUUGACAGAAUAUUGAUGCUGAAGAAUUUAAGAUUUAAAAAAAAAAAUCCUAUUUAGAAAAAUGAGGUUCAUGCUGAUACAAUGGAUCGAAGAUCCCCCAAAAUGGGAUGUGCUUCCAACCAAUAAAAUGAUACAUGGCCGCUGUGAAAUUGGUUGUAUAUGUGACGUUUCAUACGAAGAUGAGUCAAGCCCUGCAAAAAUUUUAAACAUUGGAACUAGAUCUGCAAUGCUGAAGCAGCUAAAUACGGUCAUCAACAGGACGGGGCCUGAAGGAAAUGGAGAACAAUUGGGGAGAGGGCAGCGCAAAAAAUACAGCCGAAUACUGUCGGAGAGCUCCAGCAGUGAGGAAUAUGAGUCUGUCAACAAACAGGUUGCUGCAAAGAACAUAAACAGGAUAAGAGCCAGAUCUUUUCUACAGCAGUAUAAUCAAGAAAAAGAAUCAAACAGGGAGGCAGUAACAUCUAGAAACAAUGACAGUGAAUUUAAUGUUCAGAUACUUGCAGAACUUGCAGAAAUCAAGAGUGCUCUUUUGGAAACUCUGACACUUUUAAAAAAUGGAUGCACUCCAUUAAUGACUGCGCCAAUCCCAACACUGGGAACCCCCCCUGGACCCACUUCAGAUUUGAUUCCCUGCAGUUCAGAGUCUUCUGCAGUCAUACCAGCCUCGAGUUCCUCUCUUCAGACUCUUAAUAUAAAGGAGUCUAGAAGUAAUGGUAACGGCAAAAAGGUAAGAAUUGGCCCCAACACGUCAAUCACUGCUGAACAGUUUGCCCAUGUGAAAUGGACUGAUCACAAAAAAGCCACAAAAGACCUCUUGAUGGCAGUGUUUGGAAGAGGUGUUCUCGCAACACACUGCUACACAGGAAGAUGUUCCAAUGCAUUCAAAAACAAAGCAGCCAAACCUCAACUUGAUUCUGAAAAAGUGUCUGACAUCAUUAGCUACAUCAAAAAUAAAUUCAAUGUUGAAGCAAAUGUAAUUAAGAAGGCCAUCUCCCAGAAAUGCACAGACGAAUGCAAGUUGGCAAAACGGCACAACAGUGAUUGUGUGUAAUGUUGUAUUUCCCAGUUACUGCUUUAGUUAUUGUUUGUUUGUGAAAGCCUGUAAUGAAUAUCAUUUGAACAGAGAACAAAAAGGUAAUAAAUUCAAUAUAAUUCAACUUAUGAAAGAAGACUAUAUUAAAUGAAAUAAUAAUGAAAAUAAAACAAUAGAAAAUUGA